UAGCAUUCAACAUGGCGGCACAGACGUCGACAGUGAAAUUUAGUGAUAUAUACGAACUAAAAGAGGAAUUGGGGAAGGGAGCAUUUUCCAUAGUACGGAGAUGUGUACAGAAGGCUACUGGGCUGGAAUUUGCUGCUAAAAUAAUAAAUACCAAGAAAUUAUCUGCUAGAGAUCAUCAGAAAUUGGAAAGAGAAGCAAGGAUCUGUAGGUUGUUAAAACAUCCAAAUAUAGUUCGAUUACAUGACAGUAUACAGGAUGAAGGCUUUCAUUAUUUAGUGUUCGAUUUGGUAACAGGUGGUGAAUUGUUUGAAGAUAUUGUGGCUAGGGAAUUCUACAGUGAGGCAGAUGCCAGUCACUGCAUGCAGCAAAUAUUAGAGAGUGUUAAUUAUUGUCAUCAACAUGGUAUAGUCCACAGAGAUCUCAAGCCCGAGAACCUGAUAUUGGCGAGUAAAGCCGGAAGUCCUGCAGUCAAACUAGCCGAUUUUGACUUAGAUUGUGAGCCGGAAAACUUAUUGCUUGCCAGUAAAGCAAAGGGUGCUGCUGUGAAAUUAGCUGAUUUUGGUCUUGCCAUCGAGGUGCAAGGAGACCAGCAAGCAUGGUUUGGUUUUGCAGGGACACCCGGUUACUUAUCACCAGAGGUGUUAAGAAAAGACCCGUAUGGAAAACCAGUAGAUAUAUGGGCAUGUGGUGUGAUAUUAUAUAUCUUACUUGUGGGUUAUCCCCCUUUCUGGGACGAAGAUCAGCACAGAUUAUAUGCCCAGAUAAAAGCUGGUGCAUACGACUAUCCAUCUCCAGAAUGGGACACGGUGACACCUGAAGCUAAGAACCUCAUUAACAGUAUGCUUACUGUUAACCCAGCCAAGAGAAUCACAGCCUCCGAGGCACUCAAACACCCAUGGAUAUGUCAACGAGAACGUGUCGCAUCUGUGGUGCAUAGGCAAGAAACAGUGGACUGCCUCAAGAAAUUCAAUGCUCGUAGGAAACUUAAGGGUGCCAUCUUGACCACAAUGCUGGCUACAAGAAAUUUUUCAAUAAACAAAGGCCGCAGUCUAAAUGUGAAGAAGAAUGAUGGCAUCAAAGAAUCCACAGACAGCAGUACAAUUGAGGAUGAAGACACCAAAAGCAAACCAGAGCUUGAGACGUUUUCCCGGACUUCAACUGUUACUCAGCGGACGAUACAGCGGCAAGAAACAUUCGGAAAACAUGAGCUGACCCGAAAGCAAGAGAUCAUCAAACGUACAGAACAACUUCUGCAAGCUGUGACAAGUGGAGACUAUGAGGCCUACACGAAACUGAUAGACCCUCACCUAACCAGUUUUGAACCAGAGGCACUGGGCAAUCUUAUUUUAGGCAUGGACUUCCAUAAAUUCUAUUUUGACCAUGUCUUGUCAAAAAACAACAAACCCGUGAACACCAGCAUUUUAAACCCCCACGUCCACCUGCUGGGUGAGGACGCUGCGUGCAUCGCCUAUAUUCGCUUAACACAGUAUAUAGAUAGAAACGGCCUUCCUGUAACAAUGCAGUCGGAAGAAACCCGCGUGUGGCAACGUAAAGACGGGAAGUGGCAGAACGUGCACUUCCAUCGGUCGGGCAGUGCGUCCGCUCCACACGGAAAAUAGUCGGCCUGUCCCGUGUUUACUUGUGAACAGUUUUAGCUUUCUUUGGGCAACUUGUUUGCCUGCCAGGUUGUCUUCAGCACACCUAUUUUUGCAUGGUUUGAUGUCACACAUCAUGGAAGCAGUUUUAAAAUUCCACAUUUAUUUUGUUUUUCGAAUUUGACACAACAGCCGGUACAGACAUCACUCUACUACUACUACUACUACUACGGCUGCCAGUGGUAAAAAGCCGGACAUGUCAGACAGCUGGGAGUGAUGAUGACCGUAUAUACACAAACACACUGACUAGCAGACUGAAAAGUCUUUCAUUAUGCAGGUUCUUAACAUGUGGAGAAGUGAUAAGCCAGUUUAUCCUUUGUUAGCCAAUGUAUAAUUGGUUGGUUGAAAGGCCAGACUUUGGCUGGAUAGAGCUGUAAUUGUUAGCUAAUGUUUGAUUGGCUGGUUAAGCAAAAGGGGGGUUUGGCUGGAAAGAGGUGUGUCUUCAUUAGCCAGUGUUUAAUUGGUUGGUUGAAAGACAGACUUUGGCUGGAUAGAGCUGUAAUUGUUAGCUAAUGUUUGAUUGGCUGGUUUAGCAAAAGGGGGCUUUGGCUGGAAAGAGGUGUGUCUUUGUUAGCCAAUGUUUGAUUGGUUGGUUAAAGAAACUGGGACUAGGCUGGAAAGACUUGUUCUUGUUAGCCAAUGUUUCAGUGAAUGGUUCAAAAGGGGGCUUGGCUUGAAAGAGCUAGAUUUAAUAAAAUGAAAUAUGUAUGGAUUGAUAUUACUGAACAAAUGGUGAGAAAAAUAAGAAACUGUAAAACGUUGUUUUAGAAAGGUGAAAUAAAAGAAAUCCUUGUUAAUAUUAUUAUCAUCAUUGUGCAAUAGUAUUCUGUUCAGAUAUUUGUGUUUUUUGUUCUGUUGCCAGAAUUUUACGAUCAUUUCACUUAAAUAAUUGCUAGUUGAAUACUUUUGUUACAAUAACAAUUAGGUUAAGAGGUUAACUAACCAUAUUUUUCGAAUACAAACUUUAGGUUUGAAAGCUUUUAGCUCUUGAAAUUAGUAUCUUGUUUUAUGUCUUGACCAGUUUGGUGAAUUAACCAAAGCUAUUCAAAACUUUUUUUGUGUAGGUGCAACAACUGUAGAUUUGUUGUUGUCACUUUAUUACUAGUUUGUUUGCAAUCUGUGUAGCUUCUAUUAUUACUAUUAUAUUUGCUUAGAUACUAAUGACCACAACUCUAAACAUUGUGAUAAUUUUAACUGAUCAUAACCAUGCACAUGCUCAGUAGUAAGCCUAAUAGAAUAAUGGAUGAAGAAUAAAUUUGUCAUAAUGUUAAGUUACAUGACACAUUGUUUCAAAUUGAGUGGAAAACUUCAGAGUGUUUCCUAGUGACUUGAUGUUUUUGCUGGGUUAGAAUGGUCUAUCUAAGGAUGGAGUUUCACCUAUUUGAUAACAGGCCACCACCAUCUAUUUUAGAAUGGGACUUGCUCCAUGUUGGGUUAUGGACUAUUUUACGAUGGGACCCCAUCUGACUGACAAUGAAUCGUGCAUGGUGAACAUUCAGAAACUCCUUGGAUGAUUCAUGAAUAAUAUUCUUCUCUCGAAACAUUAAGUAACUUAAGUUUGUUUUCGUAAAUCAUCUUUCCAGCUAUAUUUUGAGUUAGUUCCACAAUAUCAAUAAAAUAUGCCAAAACAUGAAAAUGUCAAUACCAUAAGUUUAACAACAAUGAACAUCUAUUGCAGUUGCAGUUAAAAAGAUAUUAUUAUGAUCACAAAUUGCUUUAUUUUGGCUUCUUCUUUUUUCGUUUUUUAGGAGGGGCAGGGAGAUGUGUUUUCAGUGUUGAAUUUGAGGCAUACAGACAUAUUCAAACAAUAAAAAUGUAAGCAGUUAAAGUAAAGACAUGCUGUCUUAACCAACCUGAUUUAUUUCGAAGGCUUUAUAAUUAAGAAUUGUUUUCUUGAUAACUUGUAUUCAGGAUUAUCAUGUGUACUAAAUCUCAACAUCACAUGUAGGUUGUGAAAUGAACUGUGGCGUUAAUAUAAGCUACCUAUUGAUGGUGCAGCAUGAUUAGCUCACAAAUCAAAUAAGGUAGGAUGCUUUAAAAGGCACGUCCUCAGAUUCUGGUUGGAGUUAUCUCCCUUACUUGUAACGGCCAAUGUUGAUCGCUGUGAAGCAUAUCAGUUGUUUAGCACCUCAUUAAAUGUUCACCUGAAUGUUCGCUUUGUUUAAUACAGCAAUUUUUUUAUAGUGAUUGGUUAAUAUAUGUUGCAGUUCUGUUCUGUGCAGUGAUUGGUUCAUCAAUAUUGCUGCAUUCCCCUUCCCCCACUAAGGUGUUUUAUUAUUGGCUGGCUAUUUAUAUGCUGGGAUAUACCUGGUAUUGAAGUUUUGAUGUACCGUAAGCAUUCACAGGUAUUAAAUAACUGGCAUAUGUCAUAAUCCUUGUAUGUGUUUUAACCAGCUACUUAGCUAUGUGGCAUUGGAAAGAUUUUAAUAUAUUUAGAUUUGUUACUCAAACUAUGUCAUGUGAACAAAAAUAAAAACUGUUCUUAUUUGUGGUUUUUGCAUUUUAUGGCAGGCUUAUGUAAAUAUUGCCAUUUUUAUUUAGAUUUUUAUUAUCAUUUAAUAUUGGCAACUUAUAUUUUAUUUGAACUAUUUUAGGCUUUAUCUUAAAAUAUAUUGUAUAUUCUGCUGUUGUCUGUGUGAACAGAGUUGGCUCCUAUUUACCUCCAUGUCAUAUUGUACAUUUCCUGAUGGUUUUAAUCUUUUCUUCUUGCUUUUUUUUUUUUGGUCUCAUUUUUAUGAAGUAAAAAGGUGAAAUAUAGGGAUUACUUUUCUGAUGUUUAAGUUAUGUUUUAGCUCCAUAUCUCACAAACUAUAAAAUCCUACAUCAAUGAAACUUGGUUUAUUGUUGCACCUGUGGAUGUUCAUCACAAUAUAUGGGGGAAAAAAAGUUAUUAAAUGUAUUUAUUUAAGAUACUUUUGCAUUUAACUCAAUAUCAUAUAUCAAUGAAACUUGGUUUAUUGUUGCACCUAUGGGUGUUCAUCACAAUACAUGUGAGGAGAAAAGAAAAUUGAACUGAAUGUUUUUAAUUGAAUUUUUUUUUAAAGCUUAAUUUAUUUCAUUUAAAAAAAUUUUAUAGAUUUGUUUUAACAUGCAUUGAGAUGGACAUCUGUCUAUGCAACUGUCAGCGAUAUUGAAUAAGGCGAGACAUGUACUUCUGGGGAAUUCUGGUUAUUACCACAUUAUAAGCAAUGAUAAAAUAUUUAUAAAAGUUUUGUUCGCUUUUAAAAAUAUAUUUCAUGGUUAUGGGAAGGGAUAAGCUGUUAGGGUAUAGCACAUUAUUGAUAUUUAUAUGUAUAUGUAUAUUGGUCCAUUAAUACUGAAAGUAAUCUUUUGAAAAUUAAAUACAUUUUGAAUUUAAAAAAAAGAGUCCAAGAUUUAGCAUUCAUUGAAAUGUUACUGAUGCAUCUGGCAUUCCAUGGUGUGUGUGAUUUCACACUGUUCCUGUUUGGACUUCGCAUUUCCCAAAGAAACAUUCACAAAAACAUGUACGGGGUCUGCACAUAUUUGAUUCAGCAAAAAUUGUGGUUUCUGCCUGAAACCUUAGUGGUAUAGGGGCAUAUGAAAAUACUGGGGGUUUUGUGGUCUGAGAAAACAUCCAUGUGUUUACUGCACACUAUGGUGUUUGGUAUUUACUGACAGCAGUAGUUCUAACUACAGCCAAUUAAUUGGCAAACUAAACACCCUUUUUCUUACUUGGGGAUGGAGCAAGAUAAAAAUUUACGUCAUAGUUUUAUCAGGUUAUAUCUUAUGAUACUAUUAUAAUGCUGCAUAGUAAACAUUAUUGUUAUUUAUAGAUGUGGACUGGUCUUCUUUUUUUUUUCUUUUUUUUUUGCAAUAAAUGAUGAAGUAGACAACAUUGUGCAUUGUGUACUUACUGUGGUACAUACAGUAUUUUAAUUAUAUGUUUUAUUGUGAUAUGGUAGCCAUCAGCACUGAAGCAAACACUUUCUUUGAGAGGGUGGUUGUGCCAUGUUUAAAGUCGCUAUCCCUAGUUGCUAUGGUAAUUACUUCUUCUGUUUCGCAGGACAACCAGAAAAACACACAAUUUGCCCAUGUAUAUAAUUUAAGUAAUACAUUGUAAGUAACUUUAAAUUAACAGUUAAAUAAAACCCUAUAACAAUCCGAAAUAUUUUACGCUGUCUAAUAAUGAAGGUGAGUGUCUUUGAUGAUUCAAAACCAAUGUUUAUUACUACUGUAGGGAGAAGAAACAAAAACAGCUGUUUAAAUAAUGCUGAUUAUGUAAUCUGCAUUCUCGAUAUGCUAAAUUAGCAUUUUAAUGGUAAACUGUUUGGACUGGGAAAACGCCCGGAGAAGGAGCUGUCACCUUUUGCUCCCAUUGAAGAUAUAGAGUUUGUUGAAAAUUUUGAUGACCGUAUGCGACAGUCUUUUACAGUUAAGCUAUUAAGAAAAGCAUUAGUAUUGAGGUGUUGUGUCAUCUCCAGUUGGACCGGGUUUGCUAAAGGAAGGAAUUUGAGAGCCUGAUUGUUGGGUUCAGAAGUGUGUAAAUCAAUUUGCUCACAAGAAUAUCCACUUCAACUUACUGCUUUCUUUUUUAAAUUCCUGAUUUUCUUUUUCUGUCAUAGUGUAUACAUGUAUGAUCUCAAUGGGGCAAAAUUGACAUGAUGUGCAUAAAUAUCUGAUGUGAAUUGACAUAAUAAAACAAACUAUUUGCAAUUUAUAAUGGUUUCACUCAAAUUAUGCCAUUUGCAAUCUUUAAACAAAGUGAUGUUUUCUUGUGUGUGGUUGGGUUUUUUGUUCCAUAUAUAAAAUUGUUGUAAAUUUCUGUAGCUAGGGUGUAGUAUGUAUUUUGUACUUUUCUCAAUUUUUUCAGAACUUGUGCUGCAUAUAUAUUUGUAUACUUAAUAUAUAAUAUAUAUUAUAUAUAUAAUAUACUUUUCUGGGAAUGACCUUUUUUGACAUUCUCUAGAUUUACAAAGCCUGCCAUUCUUAUUGAACAUAGUACAAAUCUUUAACUUAUUACAAUGCUUUAUCUAUUGAUGUUGAUUUGAUUGUGUUUUUUCUCUCUGUUUUACCCCUAUAGUAGGGAGAGCAAUUUUGCAGCACUUUUCAAUUCAGGAGUCAUAUUGCAUUUUAGAUGUGCUUGUUGUGCCUGUAUAAUAAGGAUGUAUAAAAGGAAACUUUAUUUGUGUAUUUGUUUUUCUUGUUCCACAAGUUGUAUUGACUGGGAACAGGAACUCUAUUUACGUGCCCAUAUCCACAAAGGUUCAGGAACACCCACCCCGGACCCAGUCUCUGACUUCGCCAGUGGCCCAUUCCGGGGUGGGAAGGUAUUGACUGGAUACCUGUAUCUCAAUUUCAACCCUUAAUACUAACAGCAGGGCUCUCAUUUGGCAUUGACCCCUUAAUUCGUAUUAUCUGUUUGGUUGGAAAUGAGCUACUCCAGUUAAGUGUCAUCUUUGCAUUUAUCAUCAGUCUCAUCCCUGUGACUUCAUAUCUUGGUCAAAACUCUCUGGGAAGGCCAGAUGUUGUAUCCAUGACAGGCAUGCUUAAAUACAUGUAGUUCUCAGAUGGAAGCAUACCCAAAAUUAUUCCUACCCACACCCCUGUAACUUGCAGUCUGUAAUCGGUAUAUGUUAAAAUUUGUCUGGUCAAUGUAUUGGAAUGGAUUUAGUUACACUUAUACUACAGUUGCUGUUUGUUUUACUAGUCGGUAUGUAAUGAAACAUGUUCCUGUUCUUUGUUUUAAAUUUAAUUUGAUAACAGUUGAAGCGACUCUGUUUUCAUUAUUUAUAACUAGGACUGUUUGAGGAUGAGGGAUUAAAUAUCACAUUGAAGUUUCUUGUCUAGCAGAUUCUGUCUUCCUUGUUUCUUUUAAAGAACUUUAAUAAAUCUUGCCUACUGGUUCAACCGGUUUCUUAUUUAUGUAGGCUUAAAAAUGGCCACUGCUACCUACUGCUGAAAUUAAACAAAUUAAUUUAACAAUAAAUUGUAUACUUUUAUAAAUUGUAUAAUUGUAACACAUUUGAAUUUGAUUAUCAUUAACUUUAAUGUCAUAAUUUUGGGGUAUGUGAAUUGAGGCUAUAUCCUGCUUGUGGGACUGCACAUAUAAAUGGACUCCUUGUAAUUAAAUAAAAAUGAUAAUCUGUCAUAA